ACACCAACCACACCCACCCUAAACUAUACUAAACAACACCAAACCACCCAACAUGCCACCCCCCGGCCACGUCAACUACAUAACGCUCGACGUCUUCACCAACACAGCCUACACAGGCAACCCACUAGCCGUUGUCUUCCUCCCCCCCCUCUCCUCCUCCACCUCGUCCAAUACAACCCUAACUCAGCGCCAAAAACAAACCCUCGCCCGCGAAUUCAACUUCUCCGAAACCAUCUUCAUCCACCCCGACCCCAGCUGCGGCAGCAACACAACCCACCGCACAAUUGACAUCUUCACGCCCACCGACGAACUCCCCUUCGCAGGCCACCCCACCAUCGGCGCCGCCGCCUGGUUCCUCCACCUGUCAUCCCCAUCCCCAUCCCCGUCCCCAUCCCCUAGCUCCGGGAACCCUCCGAAAGAAAAUGCGAUAACGCACCUCAUCACCAAAUCCGGGACGAUCCCCAUCGCCCUUAUCCCUGCAACUAGCCCCAGCCCCAGCCCCAGCCCCGCCGCCUCAGAGACGACAUCGGGUCAGGCCAAGGGCGAGGGCGUCACCGCGCGGAUCGCGCAUAACCCGCACGUGCACGCGAAGCGGUUCCCGCUUCGGGAAGUCCUGCGGUUGCAUGGGUCUCUGGCUCCGGUUUUCACUCAAAACAACUCGGAUCAGGGGGAGCAGGAGCAGCAGAAAGAAAUCUCCUUCCCCGUGUUCUCGAUCGUGAAGGGCAUGUCGCAGGUCCUUGUGGAGGUGCCGUCGUUGGCGGCGUUGGCGGCGGUGACUACCUCUGCGGGCGGGGAGAUGGUGGGCCCGGAGAGUGGGUAUAUGGAUGGCGAAGGUGGGUGGGCGGUGGGGCAUUGUGUGCUUUAUUUCUACGUUAGGGGGGUGCAGGACGAUGACCAGGGCAAGGACAGGGAGGUGAUACGCACGCGGGCGAUUGCUGGGAAUGUCGAGGAUCCGGCGACGGGGAGUGCGGCGUGUGGGUUGGCGGCUUAUCUGUCUUUGACGGAGGGCACACCGAAGGAGAGGAGGGGGUUUGAUUUUGUGCAGGGGGUGGAGAUGGGGAGGCGGAGUGAGAUUGGCGUGGAGGUGGAGAUGGGAGACGAUGCCGAGACGAUUGCGCAUGUGGAUCUCAAGGGAAAUGCUGUCAAGGUGUCGGAGGGGUCGAUCGCGAUUCCUCCAAAAUAGUCGACCAUGUAAGAAGUGCUCUGCAUGCAUCACGUAUAUCCAUUAUGUCCCGUUAUCCAUCAAUCAUCAUGCAAUAAAUACAC